CAUUAAAAAGGCUGUCAGCUCCCACACGCUAAUCGGUAUUCUUUACUCAACUCAACAUGUCCAUUGCUACCGAUCGUCUUAACGCCAUCAAGGGUCACUUGUCCGGAAACCACCCUAAGGGACUUUUGGCUGGUGAGGUUGCCAUUAUUACUGGUUCUGGCCAAGGUAUUGGCAAGAGCUGCGCUGAGCUCUUUGCUCGCGAAGGUGCCCACGUCGUCAUCACUGAUAUCGAUGCUGGCAAGGCUGACCAAGUUGCCGCUGACAUCAAUGCUGCCGGUGGUAAGGCCAUCGCCAUUGCUGGAGAUGUUCUCGACCCUGCUUUCCCCGAGGCUCUUGUCCAAGGCACCGUUAAGGCCUUCGGCAAGGUCAACCAUAUUGUUAACAACGCUGGUUUCACCUUUGACGGUAUGCUUCACAAGAUCACCGACAAGCAAUGGGAUCUUAUGCUUGCUGUUCACAACACUGCUCCUUUCCGUAUUGUUAAGGCUGCUUCUCCCUACUUGCGUAAGCAGGAUGGCGAGAACAAGUGCAUUAUCAACAUCUCCUCUACCUCUGGUCUUCACGGUAACAUUGGCCAAGCUAACUAUGCCACUGCUAAGGCCGGUACCGUUGGUUUGACCAAGACCAUUGCCAAGGAAUGGGGUCGCUUUGGAGUCCGCUGCAACACUGUUGCUUUCGGUUGGAUUGACACCCGUCUCACCCGUGCUAAGGAAUCUGGUGCCUCCAUCGAAGUUGAUGGACAGAAGGUUGCUCUCGGUAUCCCACAAGGUGCUGGUAACAAGAAGAGCACCGUCAACCCCUUCGCUGACAUUCCCCUUGGUCGUGCUGGUACCACCGAGGAUGCUGCCGGCGGUGUCCUUAUGCUCUGCACUCCCUUCGGUGCCUACAUCACUGGACACACUCUUGAGAUCACUGGUGGACGUGGUAUCUAAAUUAAUACGCUCAAAUGCGCGUAGAAAGUGCAUAUGAUAUCCAAUAACUAGUUCUUGUAACGUCUGCUCCUUUUCACACAUUGUAUAAACAACAGUAAAAAAUGUUAUUUUCCAUCACAGUAA